AUGCCUGGUCGCUUCCCCGAUGAAGAGUCCGGCUCGGGCGAGUCCGAGUCACUCCUUGGCCGAGGUCACAAGAGAGUUAAGCGCUUCUGGGAUGGAUUCGUCGACUUUGCUUUCCAGGAUGACAUUCUCAAGAUUGCCGUUGGUUUGAUUCUUGCGGCUGCCUUCACCGACUUGGUAAAGUCAUUUGUGAGCGAUGUGCUCAUGCCGCCCAUUUCAAUUAUCUUGCCAUUGAACAAGAACAUAGAGGAGAAGUUUGCCGUUCUGCAAAGGGGACCCAAUUACAACACAACCACAGGCUACAACACAUUGCACCAAGCACAAGAUGACGGUGCUGUUGUCCUAGCUUAUGGUCAAAUGAUAUCCUUCCUUGUACUGGGUAUCGCCUUGUAUGGACUCGCCCACUUGUGGCAGCUUGCCUCGUCCGAGCCCAUCAUCAAGCAUACUAAGAAGUGCAAGUAUUGCAGACAACGUAUCAACGAGAAGUGCACCAGCUGGCUUGAUGGAAGAGAAGACCGCACCUGA